AUGGACAUUGUUGGAUCUGACUGGGCUAGUUCAUAUGUCGUAGGCAAUGAGGACUGGCUAGUGGGUGAGUGGGUAUGUUAUGUGGCUAGGGAAAAAAUGUACUUUGUACAUUAUGUCGGCUUUUCAAGUUGGGUGUCCAUCCGUCAAAAUCCCAUCCAUGACUUUGACGAGAAUCUUGACCUCCACUUUGCCGAAACCAUAAUGAUCCAUCAUAUUAAGGAUAUCAAUAAAUUAAAUGCCAUUAAAAAUGUGUACUCCGAAUAUGAAGAGGGAUUGCCAAUGGUCAGAGUUAUUCGGAAUUCAACAGCUGAAGGCCUAGCUACAAAAAGGGAACUUGCUUCAAAAUGCUGGACUGCACUUGAAAUAAAACAAUUAUUUAAUCAAUCUACGCAGAGUUCCUACAAGAACUGGUUCUAUGAAGCUUGGGGUUUUAAGGAGGGAAGGUG